AUGGAGAACAACAUGUCACAGAAAGGUUACAACCAAAUGAUGCAAUUGUUGAAAGAUUUUUUACCUGAAGAUAACAUAGUGCUUGAUAACUAUUAUCAAACAAAAAAGUUGGUGCGUAGCUUGGGUUUGCUAGUUGAGAAGAUUGAUUGUUGUGAAUCAGGAUGUAUAUUAUAUUGGGGUGAUGAUGAGAACCUUACAUCUUGUAAAUUUUGUGGCAAUCAGAGGUAUAAACGUCGUGUAGGCUCUCGUAAGAGGAAAUUGGUCCAUUUUAAGAAAAUGUAUUAUUUUCUUUUGAUUCCUAGAUUAAAAAGAUUAUAUGCAUCUCAUGCUACAGCUGCUGAUAUGAGAUGGCAUCAUGAGCAUACACAGGACGAAUGGAUAAUCCGUCAUCCAUCAGACUCUGAUGCUUGGAAACACUUCAAUGAAACUCAUAUCUUUUUUGCCAAUGAACCAAGAAAUGUAAGAUUGGGGUUAUGUACGAAUGGUUUCCAACCAUUCAGUCAGACUGGGAGGAAUAACUCUUCGUGGCCAGUGAUUGUAACUCCAUAUAAUUUACCUCCAGGAAUGUACAUGAAGGAAGCGUAUAUGUUCUUACCUGUCAUUAUUCCAGGGCCAAACAAUCCCAAACAUAAAAUUGAUGUUUAUCUGCAAUCUAUAAUAAAGGAAUUGACCUUGUUGUGGGAGACAGGUGUAGAAGCAUUUGACAUUUCAAAAAAGCAAAACUUUCAACUAAGGGCAGCUUUGAUGUGGACUAUAAGUGACUUUCCAGCAUAUUCUAUUCAUAGGAUGUUUCUUGACCAACAUCAUCCUUUCCGGAGAGAUCGUAAAAACGUUUUUAAAGGCAAGACUGUCAAAAGAUUUCCACCACCUUACAAAACAGGAGAGGAGAUUUUGAACCAAAUUUGUGACUUAGGGAUAAGGAAAGUAACUGAGUUAGAUGCAGAAGAGGUUAAUCGAAGAAUAUCUCUUAAUAUUGUUGAUAAAACCAAAGACAAUUCACAAUCACGUUUGGAUAUGGUAAACUAUUAUGAUCGACCUCAGUUGGCAAAUGAUUCAAAUGGUAAAUACCCCAAAGCUGUAUAUACAAUAGACAAGGAAGAGAAAGCUAUCUUGUUUAAUUGGGUCAAAGAUUUGAAAUUUUCAGAUGGAGUUGAGCUUAUUUUUAUAGAUCUUACUUCAACCACUCUACGAGUGGAUGACAUGGAGAGAUUGGAAGCAGAUAUCCCACAAAUUUUGUGUAAGUUAGAACGUAUAUUUCCUCCAGGGUUCUUUGACUCGAUGGAACAUUUGCCUGUGCACCUACCAUAUGAAGCAAAGAUCGCUGGACCUGUACAAUAUCGAUGGAUGUAUCCUUUUGAAAGGUACCUUGGAACUCUUAAAAGGAUGAUUGGAAAUAAAGCUAGUGUUGAGGGUUCUAUUUGUGAAGCAUACUUGAUGACAGAGUCAACACUAUUAUUUUCUCAUUAUUUUGAACCUCAUGUCAUGACACGUAAUCAUAAUGUGGACCGUAAUGAUGAUGGUGGUAUUACGGAGGAUCUUGAAGGAAAUCUAUCAAUAUUCACCCAUCCAGGUCGACUAUGGGGAGAGACAAGAAAAAGAAAUUUAUCACUUGAUGAAAUCAAGGCCGCUCAAACUUACAUAUUACUAAAUUGUGAAGAGGUUGAGCCAUUUGUGAGUAUGUACGUGCAACGUUUGCAAGAAGAAUCUCCCAAUUUAUCACAGUGUCAGAUAGAUGAGAGCCUUGAGGCAUAUUUUUCUAUAUGGUUUAAGGAAUACGUCCGAUGCAAUCAUAUAGAGAAUAAAUUCUUGCGUAGCCUUGCUCAUGGACCAUUAAUAGGCGCUACAUGUCAUUCAAUGUAUUUUGUUAAUGGAUACAAAUUUCAUACAGAAUGUUAUGGUAGCGCUAGAUCAACAAUGAACAGUGGAGUUUGUAUCUCAGAUCCAAACUUUGGUGAUUACUAUGGACGGAUAAAAGAGAUUAUACAAGUGGAAUACCGUGAAGAACCUUUAAAGCAAACUGUCUUAUUCAAGUGUGAAUGGUUUGACCCAACUAUAGAUGUUGGUGUGAAGAAGCAUAAUCAAUACAAAUUGAUUGAUGUUAACCAACGUCGUCGGUAUAAAAAGUAUGAACCUUUUAUUCUUGCAAUGCAAGCAACACAAGUGUGUUAUGUCCCAUAUCCUAGCAAGAAAAAGGACAAGAUUGAUUGGCUAGCCGUAUUGAAGGUUAAACCUCGUAAUGUUGUGGAAUUACCUGAUGAGGAAGUGGCACCAACUCCAGAACUGAAUGUUCCAUUUCAAGUCAAUGAAGUUGAAGUCCAUGAGAUAGAUAUGAAUGUUUCUGUUGAUGAAGAAAUACUCUUACAUGAUUUAAAUGGGGGUGUACUUGAAAUGGAAGAACCCACUGAUGGGUUACAUCCAAAGUAUCAUGAAAUCCCUGGAGAAUCUACAGAGGAGGAGUAUGAAACUGAGGAGGAGUAUGAAUCUGAAGAAACUGAGGAGAAUGAGGAAGAAUUUGAAGAAGAUUUAGAUAGUGACUAG